AUGACACGUGUUACUUGUGCCCCACCUUCCCGUCCUCAGCCGCCCCAGCUUGCGAUCACAAUUCAGAAAUGCCAGAGGCGGUAUGCGAAUCGCCCGGUAGAUCAUUUUCCUUGGAAGGAUUUCCAUUUGAAAAUGUCAGGACAUGGAUAUGUUGUGGGCACUGAUUGGGCAAUGACAAUGUUCGAUACGCGUACGGACGACCAGUUCUUUGACCGUAAACGCUUACCGACGCCGUCAAACCAGAUCGAUGAAGACACUGAAGUCCUAUUCUUUCACCUGUUCGACCCACUUAAGUACUCAAGUGGUUCUCUGGAUCUUAAUGUAGCGGAGGGCACUAGGGAUCAGUCACUCAAGCCUGUACAGGAAAGCGUUUGCAGGAGAGUAUACGUUGGGACAAAGUCCGCCCUCUCGUAG